AUUCGAAAUUAUCACGUGACAAAAAAACUGUUACCAAUGGUAACAAUCAAGAUUUGAAAUUAUCACUUAACACAGGUGAUAAUAUCUCUGCUUCAUCAUCCAUUGAGGACAACUUAUCAUGCGACACAAAAAUGAUCACUUGUACCGAUAGUGAGGAUACCCUAUCUGAUGAAAUGUCUGGGCCAAUUGCUACACAACCGCUUGAUAGAAAUCAAGUCACUGAGCAAACUUUGAAGCAUGAACUUUCUAGGCCUAUUUCUUCAGUGGCACCAGUUGAACUACAUGAUGAGUCCAUCUUGAACAAUGCAAUUGAGGGCUCUACACAGAGAUUAGCUUAUUGGAUUGGUGAGGCUAUAAGAAUGGAUGCGAGGCAAUGGUUGAAAUAUAGUAAAGCAGUAUAUGCUAUUAUUAACCAAAAGAAAAGUGCAGUCAGUGUUGAAGCGUACCACCUGGUCGAGCGUACUCAUUCGCAUACGGACUGUAAUAUAUUACGUCCAGCUUAUCCAUGA